CGCAGCUGCGCCGGCCGGUAAGGCAGGCGGCGGCGGCGGCGACGCUCAGAGUUGGCGCCUGACCGCCCUCCGCCGCUGCUCAGUUUCUCACUUGGUCCGGUGUCGGCGGCCCGUUCGGCCAGCCUUCCCCUGCCGCCGCUUUCCCCACCAUGGCCCUGGUGCGGGGUGCCGAGCCGGCGGCGGGGCCCUCCCGCUGGCUACCCACGCACGUCCAGGUGACCGUGCUACGGGCCCGCGGGCUCCGGGGCAAGAGCUCCGGCGCGGGCAGUACCAGCGACGCGUACACGGUGAUCCAGGUGGGCCGCGAGAAGUACAGCACGUCGGUGGUGGAGAAGACGCCAGGCUGCCCAGAGUGGUGCGAGGAAUGCUCCUUCGAGCUGCCACCCGGCGCCCUGGACGGCCUGCUGCGGGCUCAGGAGGCUGACGCGGGCCCGGCGCCCUGGGCUGCGGGCUCGGCCGCCGCCUGCGAGCUGGUGCUCACCACCAUGCACCGCUCGCUCAUCGGCGUCGACAAGUUCCUGGGCCAGGCCACCGUGGCACUGGACGAGGUCUUCGGCGCAGGCCGCGCCCAGCACGCACAGUGGUACAAGCUGCACUCCAAGCCCGGCAAGAAGGAGAAGGAACGUGGGGAGAUCCAAGUCACCAUCCAGUUCACUCGCAACACCUUGAGCGCCAGCAUGUUUGACCUGUCUGUGAAGGAUAAGCCAAGGUCCCCCUUCAGCAAGAUCAAGGACAAGAUGAAGGGCAAGAAGAAGUUUGAGCUGGAAUCCGCCUCCGCCAUCCUCCCAAGCAGCGCCCUGGAGGACCCUGAGCUGGGCAACCUGAGCAAGAUGGGCAAAGCCAAAGGCUUCUUCCUCCGCAACAAGCUGCGCAAGUCGUCCCUGACCCAGUCCAGCACCUCGCUGGGCUCGGACAGUACCCUGUCCUCCACCAGCGGGAGCCUGGCCUACCAGGGCCCUGGCGCCGAGCUCCUCACCCGCUCGCCAAGCCGCACCAGCUGGCUCUCCACUGAAGGGGGCAGGGACUCUACACAGUCCCCCAAGCUGCUCACCCACAAAAGGACCCACAGCGAUGAGGCCAGCCAGAUGCGAGCGGCUCUUCCCCGGGCCCUUGUCGACCUUCAGGGCCAUGUCGAAACUGCCUCCCGCUCUUCUCUCUGCGUCAACGGGAGCCACAUUUACAAUGAGGAGCCCCAGGGCCCCUUGCGGCACCGCAGCUCCAUCUCAGGCCCGUUCCCACCCUCCAGCUCCCUGCAUUGUGUCUCUUCUCGGCCCUCUGAGGAGGGGCCUCGGUCUGCCGAUGACUCCUGGGGCAGAGGCAGCCGCAGCACUGUCAGCUCGGAGCUGGUGCCUGGACAGGAGGGGCUGAGCUCUCAGGCCAAAGCAUUGGCCACUGGAGCCAGCUGCCCCACAGACGAGGAGGGGACCCGGCUCCCAGAGGGGAAGCCAGUGCAGGUCGCCAUGCCCAUGGUGGCCUCCUCUGAGGCGCUGGCGGAGAAGGAGGGAGCCCGGAAGGAGGAGCGGAAGCCCCGGAUGGGCCUCUUCCACCAUCACCACCAGGGGCUGAGUCGGAGUGAGUCGGGGCGCCGCAGCUCCCUGGGGGAGAAAGGGGGUCUCACCCUAGGGGCCUCCCCCCACCACUCGUCCAGCGGGGAGGAAAAGGCCAAGAGUAGCUGGUUUGGCUUGAGAGAAGCCAAGGAACCAACUCAGAAGCCCAGCCUGGACGUGUCUCCUCAGGUAGAACCUGGCCCAGCUGCUCUUCCUCACCACCUCCCUUGCCCCCCCUGUGCUCCAGCCCCCCCUACUCCUGCUCCCAGCGCUGCUCCCAUGCUAAGCACUAACCUUUUUGCAGCCGCCUCCCCUGCUGCAGCCACGGCCGCCGCCCCUGAAGCCACCCCGUCUGGAUUCUUGGGUCUCACCAACCCGUUCCUCACCUCCUUGCAGAGCAACCCUUUCUUCGAGGAACUCUUAGCAGACAUAGCACUAAACUCUCCUUCACCUGCUCCCUCUCUCCCCAGUGCCUCGAGGGCCAGCCCCACCCCCCUGGCCUCCCCUGGGAAAGCCCUGCCUGAGUGGGACGACGCCUUCAACAUCUUUACAGCCAGCAGGCUGCAUCCAGAGGCCAGGAGCGAGAUCUUGGCCCCUGCAGGAGUGGGGCUGGAGGCGACUGGGCUGCAAGACCCAGGCCCUGGAGCCAUGACAGUGAAGGCAGCUGAGCCCCAGGGGGGGCCUGGGGGAGGAGGAAGAGGUGGGGGGCCUGGGGGAGGAGGAAGAGGUGUGAGCAGCAUGUGGCUGGAGCUCAGGGUUCCUUUGGACUCAGGACUGGACUACCAGAGCACGAGUGCGGCCGAUGCGGGGUCCCUCAAUUCAGUAGGGGCCGACCUGCCCUCCACACCAACCCAGCUGUACCCGAGAGCCUCAGAUUCUGAGGUGGACAGAGAGCCACCGGCCCCAGGAGAGGAAGCAGGGCAGAGUCCAGUGGACAGUGCGACAUCUCUGUUUAGCUCUCCAGAAGUGAUCAGUGUGCGCGAGAGGUUGCCUGGCCCAGAGGACGCCCCUGAAGGCCAGGACCAGGGGAUCUCCCAAGGCGAAAGCCAGCUUUUGCAUGAGCUCAAUACAGUUGGCGAUGCCUGGCCUUGGGAUGUGGUCACCAUUUCUCCUGCAGCUGAGAUGUCCUCACCAGUCCGUCCGGGAGAGUCUGAUGAACCGCCUCCUCCCCAGGUGCAGGCAGGGUCAUCAGAACCUGUGAGCCCCAAGGGCAGUGAGGGGCUCCCCCACCUGGAGCUGGAACCAGGGCCCAAACCCAAGCUGCUGUUGGACAAGGGACUGCAGCCCAGCAGCCCACCUCCUAAGCCACCGCGCCUCUUCACACCUUCAGAUUCCAAGGAGGAGGAGGAGGAGGAAAAGGCCGAAGGGCUGAGUGGCAGGGGGGCAGAGACAGGAGGAGAAGACACCUUCCCAAGUGUGCUGGCUGCUGGUCCCCAGGAGACCAAGGAGGAGGGCCGGAAGCCGGGGCGGCAGUCUGAUAGCUGUCCUUUCGGAGCCGCGCUGAGUGGGCCAGGCCUGGAAGACCUAGUGGAGGAUGCCAGCCCUCCUGCGUCUGGGUCCUACCUGUCCAUGCCCACCAGCUUCCCUGAGGGGCCUGCCCCCGGACCCUGUCACUCAGAGAGCUUGGCUCUUCAGAGUCAGCAGACCCGGGGGACUCCAGAGAAGGGAGAAGGUCCUGAGACUCUGGAGGCCCAGAGCCAGGGGCCAGCAGGACAGGGGCUUGAGCUCCUGUCAGGCAGCUCCCAGCAGGCUGAUGUGUGGGCCUCGGAGGGGGAUGCCUCCUACCCCUUCUUGUUUCAGGGGAGCCAAGAUCCCCCCAGCCUCCCGUCCACAUCCCCACCAGGGUCCAGGGAAUCUUCCAUCUACUCUGGUCCAGAAGAACUACCCACCCCCCCAGAGCCUGCCUUCCCACCACCCCCUCUCCCGUCCUGGGCCAGCCACCACCACGGGGCACCCAGUCCACAGUGCUCUCCCCUGCCUGGAGCCCAGCCCCUGACCUCUUUCUCCCCACCUCCUGGGGAGCCAGCCACCCCCACUGGGAGCUCCCCUGCCCCACCUGGGGAGGAUCGCGCUGCAGCCACCCCAGCCUCCCCGCUUGUGCUUCUGCCCUUGGAGACACGACCAGCUGAGGAGCCACAGCCCAGCGCCAGUCCCCACCCUGUGAAGCCCCUCAGUGCUGCUCCCGUGGAGAACAGCCCGGACAGGAAGCAGCCCCGCUCCAGUCUGAGCACAGCCCUGAGCAGCGGGCUGGAGAAGCUCAAGACGGUUACAUCUGGCAGUGUUCAGCCUGUGGCUCUGGCUCCUCAUGUUGGCCAGGCCGUGGACACCAAAAGACUGAAGGACUCAGGUGUGCUGGACCAGUCAGCCAAGUACUACCACCUAACCCACGAUGAACUCAUCAGCCUGCUACUGCAGCGGGAGCGGGAGCUGAGCCAGCGGGAGGAACACGUGCAGGAGCUGGAGAGCUACAUUGACCGGCUGCUGGUGCGGAUCAUGGAGACCUCACCCACACUGCUGCAAAUCUCCCCUGGGCCCCCUAAGUAGCCCUCCUUAUCCCCACCCCGAGAGGGUCGGUGUGGACCUGUGGCUCAAACAGACUUGAGCCCUCCAUCCCUCCCAUUGAGCUGUCUUGCCUGGGGUGGGGUACAGUCUGUCCUCUGCCCUCACUCCUUGCUCUCCUUCCCUCCUGCCUCAACCAGGGCUGCUGGAAGGGGGGCCCUUUGGAGUCCCACUGGAGGCAUCAGGUUUCGUAUGCAACUUGUAUGUCUUUGGGAGCCCUAGGUCCUUCCCACCUACCUAUUUUCAUGUCCCUUAGCUUUGGGGGCUCUGGGGAACUGGAACAAAGAGUUUAGCCUUCAAGUCAAAGCAUAGGAGAUAUGCUGCACUUUUAGGUGGUAUCUGGAACAUACUUAAUUACCCACAAGAAUGAUCAGCCGUUUCUUCCAUGGCUACACUCUUGCCCUCUUCGUCUCCUUCCAGCCCUGGAGGGCCCCUAGUAUUACUGGGGCUGAGGCAGGAACCAUGCUGCCCAUCUGUGCAUUUUUGACAACCUGGGCACCUACCAUUUAGCCUUGUGUAUGUUCCCCUGAGAGCAAGGAGCCCAAAUGGUCUAGUCUCCUCUUGGCCAUGUCCCAAGUCUGUCUGUCUCCACCUGUUUGUGGAACAAAUGCGGUGUGGAUGGGGGGAGUGGUGUGCACUUGCUAGGCCCCUCCCUGCCCUCUUCUGACCUUUCCAUGACUGUCCUGUGUGAAUGUGGGAGAGCUGGGAUAGGUGGGGGAGAGUGCCUCCCCAUGCACCCCAAGGGUAUGGGCCCCUCCAGCCUCAGGGCUUUGUACUGCUUAUGUUUGGGGAUUAAGCCUCCAUCUCUGUUCUCUUUGCUUGUCCAGAUGCCAAAACUCCAAGCUGCUGGAGAGUUUGAAUUUUUGGAAACCCAUUAAAAUGUGCCUUUUGUGGGUGGGGUCAAGAGCCUCUGGAUAUAGACCUCUCCCCUGUUCGGUGUCUGUCCCUUCCUCCCUGUUGGGCACAGGGGGCUGGAUCUGUCAGGGCUCUGGAAUGGAAAAGGAGGAUGUGGGCAGCCUGCUGCGCCCUCUGCCCUUCCCCUAGAGUUAAUUUCAGUUAAGGGUCUAGCCAAGCUCAACUGGCUCCUUAACCUCCCUGCCAUCUUCUCUUCCCUCAACCCCAACUGAGGAGGAUCCUAGGAUUAAAUAAAAACCACAUUCUGGAAGUGGGAGGUCCCACUCCACCUGUACUUAGGAAAAAGGCUUUGUUGCCCUCCCAUCCAUCCACAAGCUUGUCCCUUCUGCCCCAUGGCCUUGCUUGGCUUGGCUGUAGUGCACUUUGAACCAAAGUGUCUGUCCUUUGGCCCAGCCCCUGGUUUGCUUGCAGAAAACAAGGCAGCUUCCGCACAGCAUCUGCAGGGAACCUUUGGUGGCUUGGGGCACCCUCCUUCUUUAGCAAAAGUUGUAGGGCUAUAAGCUGCUGAAGGAGGAUACUUUUGGCCCAAUGAGGAGGUGAGAGCUCCUCUGAGAUCACCUCUUCUCCAUGAGAGGCCUGUGGGGUCAUUCAGAAGGCCUCACAAGGCAUCAUGUCUGUGUGCUGUUACCUGCCAGGACGAAGCAGAGGAACCCCACAUAUGGGUCAAAGCCCCUGUAACGUUAACCUACCUUAAGGUCCAUUAAAGCUGAGGAAAGUAUCCAUGGGGUUCUAGGACUUCGGGUAUACUUUUUGGGGGUCAUUGGGGAUUGGAUAGGUAUCUCUUCUCAGGGAAGGGGGUCACUCUACUUGGUAUUUCUCUGGGCUCUAAGCAGUCCCAGCCCUGACCCUAUUCUUCCACUUAUCAUCCUUGGUGGCGGCCUCCAAAAUGCUCAGAGCAGGGAUGUCCUCAGAAGAGGUUUGAGUUGAAGCCCAAGGUUCUUGUUAGAUGUUUCCUGCUCCUGGCCACACGUUUGGAGGAGACAUAAGGUGGGGCGGGCAGGAAGCAGUCACAGUUCUGCUUUGCUGUUUGUCUUCCUAGUUGUAACUCCUGUUUAUAAAAAGCUUGUUCUUCGUGUUUUGAACACUUCAUAAAGAAUAAAAUGUUCACAUACUGCA